AUGAAAGAAGUCCUUCCCAGAAGCUUCCCGGAUGGGAGCGACGGGGAGGGGGAGCUGUGGAGGAAAGGGGAUGGCCUGAGAAAGGGUUUUAGAAGGGUGGGUCGGCGGCUUAUUCGGGCUGUGAAGAAACGACCUGUGCUCAUGAGACGGCUGGCAGCUGUGGUAAGCAGAAUUGGACUUGGUCGUCACAUCACGUCACAUCAUCACAUCACGUCACAUCACGUCACAUCAUCAAAUCACGUCACAUCACGUCACAUCAUCACAUCACGUCACAUCAUCACAUCACGUCACAUCACGUCACAUCAUCACAUCACGUCACAUCACGUCACAUCACGUCACAUCAUCACAUCACGUCACAUCAUCACAUCACGUCACAUCAUCACAUCACGUCACAUCACGUCACAUCAUCACAUCACGUCACAUCAUCACAUCACUGUGGCGACCGGAGCCCUUGCUCGUCCUUUCCUUUUCCCCCAUCUCUUCUUUCUAGCAUCCCGUUUCUCACUCCCUUUCAGCCAACGCCCCUCUAAUCCCAAACCCCUCGAACCCCCCCCCUUCCCCUUACCCCACAUCCAUCGGAUAAUCAUAUACAUCCUCGUUGCAGCCUGCAUGCUCCUCACGUGGUCGCUCAUGCGCUCCUAUGCCACGUCAGCCCUCACCCACGUGGGCCGCAGCACACGGGCGCAACUGGUGCAGGGCGCAUCUGCAGGGAUGGGCGCAGCCCUUGCCACUGCACCCUCCUCCUCUGAUGCCCGGCCAGCACCUACACUUGAAGGAACCUUCGUCUCCUUCUCAGGAACCUUCCCUGGAGAAGACUCAUCGGGACACUUGCACACACACAUGCUCCUCGCUAGAAUCACCAAUUACACUCUUCUCUACACUGUCACUCCUUCACAACCCACCGACCCCAGCCUAUCCAACGCUGCCACGUCAGCCAGCCAUGUCGCAUCCGCUGCAGCACAGUACCUCGCUUCUGCAGUCCCCCCCUCCCAGCUCCUCUCCGCCUGCUUCUUCUCCCCUGACCGUGUCCCCUUGGGGAACUCCAUAAACCCUAAUCACCUCGGGAACUCCGUGAGCCUGGGAAGCCUCCUCGGGGGUACUGGGGGCGGCCAGACUACUCUAGAAACUUCCGCCCAGGCCACCACUGGGGGUACCGAACAGCUGUACUACGUGGACGCAUGCCCUGUCAGUGUCAACGCCUCUGCCUCUAGCCUACAGGGGCCAGUGCAGCAGCAGCAGCAGCAACAGGGUGAUACGCUGGUGGUGAUUUCCAUAGUGCCGUCGGCUCUUAUCCUUGCGCCCUUGGAUUCCGGCAGUGACACUGUCAGGGCGCUCUGCAUCGCCCUGCCACUGGUCAUCCUCGUUAUAGGCUUGCUGCUCGUCUGCAUGAACGGAUCCACGGACCUGGCUCGAACCGGGCAGACGCUGCGGCAGGAGCUGGUGCGGCAGCUGGUGGAGAAGCACAGGGUGGAGCAGCGCAGCAACCACAAGAGCCAGUUCCUCGCCAACAUGAGUCACGAGCUGCGCACGCCACUGGCGGGCAUCAUCGGGCUGUUAGACCUGUUGGCGUGCGACGCGCUCACCCCGGAGCAGGAGGCCAUGGUGCUGCAGAUCAAGUGCUCUCCUCCUCUACUCCUCCCCCCCUCCCCUCCUCCCCCUCUCCCCUCCUCCCCUCCUCCCCUCUUCCCCUCCUCCAUACAGUCACGAGCUGCGCACGCCACUGGCGGGCAUCAUCGGGCUGCGAGUUCGAGGCGCCUCAAAAAGCGCUGUGCCUCGGGCCUGCUAGACCUCAUCAACAACGUCCUUGACAUCUCCAAGGUGGAGGUGGGCGCGCUAGAGCUCACAUUAGCGCCCUUCAGUAUAAUCACGGAGAUGGAGACACUAUUGGACAUGUUUGCAGUGCACUGCAUCGGCAGCGGGGUUGACCUCUCUAUGGAUCUACUAGACGACCUCCCGGUAAUGGUGCUGGGGAGGUGCUCUGCAACCUGCUUUCCAGCAGAAUCAUGCCAGUCGCUCCCUCCCUGCUCGUUCCCUUCCAUUUCUUUUCAGGUGGAGGUGGGGGCGUUGGAGCUCACAUUAGCGCCCUUCAGUAUAGUCACGGAGAUGGAGACAUUACUGGACAUGUUUGCAGUGCACUGCAUCGGCAGCGGGGUGGACCUCUCAAUGGAUCUAGCAGAUGACCUCCCAGACAUGGUGCUGGGGGAUGCAAUGCGGUUCCGCCAGGUUCUCAGCAACCUGCUGUCCAAUAGCGUGAAGUUCACGGAGCAGGGGUAUAUUCACGUGCGCGCGUGGGUCGUGCACACUCCCAACACGUUUGCCAUGUCGCGAACAGCUGUGGAGAGCGGUGCAGACAUCUACUCCGUGCGGAUGAGCGCUCUCAGCGCCCUUCUCCCCCACAAGCAGCACCCACCUGCUGCCGCGCCUGCUCCCUCUGCUCUCGCUUCUGUUGCUUCUGCUGGCAGUGCUGUCGGCAGUGCUGCUGGUAGUGUUGUUGGGAAUUCUGCUUCUGCUGCUGGUACUGCUAGUGCUGCUGCUGGGGCCGCUCGUUGCCACAGCAGGUACAGCUUACAGGCAACAAGGGAAAACGCAUUGGUAGGGAAAGCGGAGGAGCAGGAGGAGCGCGAAGAGGAUGGGGUUGAGGAUGGGGAGGAGGAGGAGGUGGAGGAGGAGGAGGAGGAGGAUGAAGAGAGCCUGAGGGGCCACAGGGGAAACCCGCACGGCUGUGCUCCUAUGAUGGCAGCGGCAGGGUGCCUACCAGUAGGGGCAGUAACAGGAGGCUGGGAACGAGCAGAACUAGGGGGAGGAGCAGGCGGAGGUGCAUUCACAGGAGCACGGGUAGGGAGGAGCGGGGGAGCGAGAGGGAGGGGCGAGGGAGUGCGAGGAGCCUUGGCCUGCACAGGUGGGUUUCCCUGUGCAGGCGGGCUGUCCUCCUCACCCUCAUUCAACCGCUCUUCUAGUCUCAGGGAGCAGAGCAGCCCACUGUUAGGAACCCGGGAGGGGGGAGUGAGGACUUACAGUACCCGUAGAGCCUCAGGAGAGGUCAUGAGAGUGCUGUGCGUGGGAGGGGUUGCGGAUACCGCAGCUGAAUCGGACACAGAGGGGAGUGAGCUUGUGGAUAUAGUGAUUGAGGAGGGGGGGAGGUUGGGGUGGGGCGAAGGAGUGGGGAGGGAGGCUGGAGGCCAAACAGAUGGGAUGGCCUGUAGUGGGAUGGGUCCAGGGUCAGCUGGGGAAGGUGUAGCUGAGGAUGCUGCAGAGGAAGGGGAGGGUGUACCUGGUGACAAUCCACCUGAGGAGCGCCCACCUGGGGAGCGCCCACCUACGGGUGAGGAGGACCCACCUGAGGAGGUUCCACCUGGGGGAGAGGAGGUUCCACCUGGGGAAGGCCCAGCAGUCGAGCCUGCCACAGACGACCGAGUGCUGAUAAUCUUUGAGGUGGAUGACACGGGGUGUGGUAUACCACCGGAGAAGCGCGAGGCGGUGUUUGAGAGCUUCUCGCAGGUGGACGAGUCGGCCUCGCGCGUGCAUGCGGGGUCGGGGCUGGGGCUGAACAUAGUGAAGGGGCUGGUGGAGCUCAUGGGCGGCCAUGUGGCAGUUGCUGAUAAGGAAGGUCCUGGUGCCCUCAUCCGCUUCUCCCUCAUGCUGCCCCGUGUGCCCCCUCCUGCUCCUCGUUCUGCUGCUGCUGUUUCUGCUGCUGACGGUGGCGGCGGUGCUCGCAUGGACGACCCAGACGUAUCGGUGUCUUUCAUUCCAAGGUUUGGUGAAGGCCCGUCGGAUAACCCAUGGGGGGAGCUGGCUCCCUCCCCUCCCCAACCAGCCCCUCCUGCUCUCAACCACAGCGAGGUUCAGAUGGUGCUGGCAAUGGAGGAGUGUCCAGGCAGGGCCACAGCCACCAAAUGGCUGGAGGGCAAGAGAAUUGCAGUGAGGGAAGUGGGGGCAUGGGAGACCAUCAAAACCGCACUGGACCACGCCAUUCACACCUCCCUGCUGCGCCGCCGAACCGCUGCCCUCACUGCUGCUGCCGCCACCAUCGGCCACGGGAAAGGUGCAAGGGGAGACAGAGGGAUUCAGAGCGGUGCAGAGGGGUGUGGAGAGGCAGGGAAUGGUUCUCAGAGAAGGGGCGGGGCGUUUGUGUCGUCUGAGGCGCGGAGGGGGUCGUUCACUGCGCCAAUAGUGCUUGCAGGGCGUGUGGGGCCCUCCCUGGGUCCUACUGCUGCUGCUGCUACUGCUGCCGCCGCUGCUGCUGAUAGAGGCAACACUGUAGACGCUUCUUCUGCUGCUGCUAGUGUGGGGAGGCACGAGGGAGGGCGGGAGGGAGAGAGGGGAGGAAGCAGGCGGUGGCUGCCAUCCCGUCUGGCCCCCUUCGACUCGGCUCAAAGGCCUUCCCAGGGGUUGCUUGCAAAGAUGGAGCUCUCAUCGAUGCUGCCGUCUUCUCUCGCUGCUCUGGCUGGCCUUGGGCACUCGUCCCACCACACGUUCUCCUCCCACCACAUUCAGCCAGGUCAAACAAGUCAAUCAAGUCAACAGCAGAGAGCAGCAGCUCAAGAGGCCCCAGCAGUUCUCACCCACAGAGCGAACACCUGGGAAGGGGACAUGGAGAGGGAGGGCCGGGAUGGGGAGAAGGGGAAGGACCGGAAGAGUGUUGGGGAGGAGGAAGCAGAGGGGGAGAGGGAGAAAGAGGGGGAGAGAGAGGAGGCGGAGUGGGGAGAGGAGAGGGACACAGCCACAGCAGCCACAGACAAACAAGCAGAUGCAGAUGCAGAUGCAGACGCAGACGCAGACACAGACGCGGACAAAGAUGGAAUCAAGCUUGCCGACCGCAGCUACCCUAUUCUGGCAAUCAUCGACAUCAUGCUGCUUCCAGGAAGCCGCGGGCUUUGCAACGCGUUGAUAGACCCAGCAGAGCAGGACCCGUUAGCAGUGGGGGCGAGUGCUGCCAGUCACCUGCCCCGCUUUGACGUGCACGGGGAAGGGGGUCUCAGUAGCCCUGCUGCUCGCCCUUUCAUGGUCCCGCCUGAGCUGGAGAGGCUGUGUGCUGAUCUGAACGCCAUCCGCACGCAGACACCGCAGAUGGCAGACUUACUCGUUGUGGCGUGGCUAGUCCCUCCAGGGGUGGACCCUCGCCUUCCCUCCAGGGGUGGACCCUCGCCUGUGUCGCUUCCUACACCAGCAGCACCACUCGCUCAGCACCACCCGCCCCCUGCAUGCCUCGCGCCUCACACACAUCCAAGAGCCCCUGGUGCCCCGCUUGCCCCUUUUGCCCCUUACGUGCCGUUUGAACCUCAACCCCCCUCACAGAUGGCAGAGUCUCUUGUCGUGGCAUGGCUAGUCCCUCCUGGCGUGGACCCUCGCCUGCGCCGCUACCUACACCAGCAGCACCACUCGCUCGUCACCACACGCCCCCUGCACGCCUCGCGCCUCACCCACAUCCUCUCCUGCUUCGCCCACGCCCUCAACGGAGAGCCCAUGGGCGGGGGCUCGUCUCGAAACUCGUUUGCCAUGCAGGCCCCACCCGCUGCGGAGGUGCCUGCUGCAUCGGCUGCUGCAGCAUCUCCCGAGAUGAUUCACCAGCACCACCACCAGCAGGAGCAGCAGCAGCAGCAGCAGUCACACUCCCCUGGCCAUAUCGCCAAUCACACAUCUCUGCUCACAUCCAUAUCCCCAGUUGGCCUUCCUCAGACUGCUGCUGCUGCCGUGGCUGCAACCUCAGGCUCCAAGGGGCCUGAAGAGUUUGCUACAGUCCCUGUAGCAGCGGUAGCAGGCGUGGAGGGAGAAGGAGUGGGAGAUGUGGGAGUAGCAGGAGUACCAGAAGGAGCAGGGGGAGUGGGAGGAACAGGAGGAGUGGAUGAAGCUGUAGGUUUGGGAAGAACAGGAGGAGCAGAGUCAGGAGCAGGAGGAGCAACAGGAGCAGGAAGCCUCGCAGAGGCAUGUGGUGGUGGUGGUAGUGCUACUGCUAGUAUUGCGGCUGCUGGUGUGGGUUCACGCGCUUUCUGGGGUGGGUUUGGCAGCUUCAGCGAUGGCGCUAUGGGUGCUGCUGCUGCAGGAAGUGCCCUUCCGGCUGAUGAAGAGCAUGAGUUUCAAUCCUAUGACCUUACUGCACCAGAAAACGCCUUCCCCACGCUUCUGCCCGUCCCUGAAAUGCCUGGCCCAGAAAUGCAUGCCCUAGCAGUGCCUGCACCAGCAGUGCCCGCCCUAGCAGUGCCUGUGGCAGAGUCUUUGUCCCUUUCUACACCCACAGCGUCCGCUGCUGUGGACGUCCCUCCGUCGCUCAACUCUGUGUGGGAGAGCAUCACACGCAGCACCAGGCUCCAAUCUGUUGCUGCUGCCGCCGCUGGUGCUGCAGCUGUUGCCACUGCUGCCACUACUGCUGCUACUACUGUUGAUGCUGGUGGCACAGUGGGAAAAUCAGUAGCAGCGGGGGCAGAAGCAAGAGCAGCAGGUGUGGGGGGUGAGGAGAUAAUGGAGGAGGAAGAGGAUGGGGAAGAGGAGGAGGGUGUGGAGAGGGAGGAGCGGGUGGAGGGAGGGGGAGGGAGGCGGCGCCUCUCUUUCAACGCUUGGCGUGUGCCUGCCUCGGUCAGUUUCGAGUCGACUCAGAGGCUGCCUGCGUCGGCCGUGCCCCCUGCUGGUAGUGCUGAGACACAGCCGCUGACAACUGCGCUUACAGCUCAGCACCCCUCUGCAUCUUCUCCCACCGUUCACCACCUCUCUGCAUCUCCGCACUUACAUGUGCACUUCUUGCAGCACCGUUCCCUCUCAGACCAGUAUGCUCGCCCCACAAAUACCACCAGUCUUGCCAACCCCCACCAGCCCCGCUCAAGCCUAUCCGACGGUCUAGAACGGCUUAGAAUGAUCAACGUGAAUCUCAGCCAUCCCUCCUCCUCCCUGGCCCACCGCCCUUCAGCUGCUGCUGCUGCUUCAGCGUCGCUCACUUCUCCCUCUGCGCUUCCGCAUUUUACCACUCUAGUCAGCCCGGGCCAGGGAGGCAGCCUCGGGCGAGGCUCGGCACAGAUCCGGAAGCUGAGCAGCAGCUUCGGCGGUAGGGCGCGCUUUGCUGCGGGUGCUCCUGGUGCUUCUGCGGCAGGUGCGGGGAACCUGAAUGGAAUAGGGCUGGGCUGGCCGGGUCUAGCCAGCCGGCCUCAGUUUGCUUCUCUCUCCGGUGCGUCCCGGCUGGGUCUUAUCCGGUCCAUGUCAGCCGUACAGAGCUAUGCAGCGGCCUCCUCCCUCUCUGUUCUCUGCCAACCCACCAUGCUCUCUGGAAUAGGCUAUGACCACCAGCCUAGUGUGCUGGCCGGUAUGGGUGGUAUGGGGUAUGAUCAGUCCAGUGUGCUGUCUGGAUUCGGGCCUAGUAGCUUGAGCCACGAAACCAUCUUGGAAGCUCCGCACAUGUCGACGCAAAUGUCGCCGCGUGGUUCACCUGGGAUGUCACCUGGCAUGUCACCUGGGGUGUCACCUGGCGUUUCACCUGGCGUGCUGUCUGGAAUGCUGUUUGCGAUCGGGUCUGAGCCGAUACCAGAAGCGUAUAAGGUGUCACCUGGGCGUGGGAAUGUUCCUAGAAAGCUCCCUGGCGGAGGUAGUGGUAGGUACGACCUUCGGGGGAGCGGGAGGAGCAGCAGUGGCAGCCCAAGUCUUGCUGGUGGUAGCAGAAAGUACGACCUGCAGGGAGGAGGGGGGAGCAGGAGUGGGAGUCUCCCUGGUGGUGGUAGUAAGUAUGACUUGCGUGGAGGAGGGGGGAGUAGCAGUGGGAGGAGAAGGACCAUGGGACUGCAUGUGCGGAGGGGAAGCGCUGGUAGUGCCAGUGGAUUAGGAAUGCAUGAGAGCAGCAUGGGCAUGGGCAUGGGCAUGGGCAUGGGCAUGGGCAUGGGCAUGGGGAUGGGGCUGGGUGGUUCCACUGGUAAUCUGCAUGCUCCUUCGCCUUACUCUACUAGUGCCCACGCCAUGUCACCUGCCCAUGCCUCGUCACCUGCCCAUGCCACGUCACCUGCUCAUGCCACGUCACCUGCCCUAGCCAUAUCACCAACCCAAGCCCCGUCGCCUCACUCCCAGCCAGUGGCUUACCACAGGAGAGGGGCAGAGAACACAGAGUCAACAUUCUCACAGCCACCAGCAUUCCUCAAAGGCAGCACCGUACUCUACUCCACCAGCAACCAUCCCACCCACUCCAACCACUCCUCCUUCUCCUCCCAGCAAGCAGCAGCAAGCUCUCUCAGGCCGGGACUAGCAGCGGAAAGCUCAGCAGCAGCAGCAGCAGCUCCACCCGCUUUUGUGUCCUCGCCUCACUCGCACGCAGCAGGCUACCUGCGAGGCUUUCACAGAAUGGCCCGUACCAAUUCCAGCUCCAAAUCCGCUCUUCUAGACGCAUCCAAAGGCAUGUCUCACACCAGCUCUGUUUCUCUUGACGCUCCCAGCAAAGGCACGGCCCGCACCAGCUCCAACGCCCCUGAUGCACCCGAAAGCAUGGCUCGCACCACCUCUGCUUCUCUCGAUGCGUCCAACAAAGGGAUGCCCAAUGUUGGCCUGAUUGCCAGGAGCAUGCCUCGCACAAGCUCAGCCCCUCUAGACGCCCCUCGUGUGGUUCCCAUGCCCAGAAGGUCGCUCCAGCACCAUUCAGCCAGGUACUCUGUGGCUGGGGCGAAUGGAACGAGUGGAAUGGUUGCUCUUGACGCGCCUCAGAAACACCAUUCUGCCAGGUACGCUGCUAGUGAGGUGACUGGUGGGGCGUCUGCCCUUGACGAGCCUCAGAAAUACCCUUCUGCCAGGUACACUGCUAGUGAGGCAUCUGUGCUUGAGGCGCCUCACAAACACCACUCUGCUAGAUACUGUGGUAGUGGGGCGAGUGGGGUGGAUGGGACAAGUGGGGCGUCUGUUUUUCUUGAGGCGCCUCACAACCACCACUCUGCCAGGUACACCACUCUGCCACUCUGUUUUUCUGGCCUUGAGGCAGAACCAGUUGUACGAACGAGUAUGCAGCCAGGCAUGCAGUCAAGAGAAGUGAAGGAAGGAGGUGGAGAAGCAGAGGGCGCAUUAGCAGCUGGGGGAGUGGUGGAAGCAGAGGGGACAGGAGGAGCUGCUUGUGCUGCUCACAUUGCUGCUGGCACUGCCGCUGGCAUUGCUGCUAGCGUGGAAGCAGGCCGGUCAAGAGUGCCCGCUGCGUCAGAGACAACCCAGCAGGAUGGGCACGGCACGGGAGGGAAAAUUCCUAGGACAGGAUCAGCGUUGGAGUUUGGGCUUCUGAGGGGGCUCGUGGGCCCGUCCACCCCCACCACCCCUCCCACAGCAGCUCGGCCAAGCUUUGAUGCUGACGCCCCUGCCUGGCGAGCGCGGCCCAGCUUUGAAGUGCCGCAGAGCAAGGCGAGGCGAGGCAUGGCAGGGGCCCACACCCCUGGGAGAGACACCACUGGUAGACCCACAGCAGCAGGAGCAGCAGCAGGAGGAGCCGCAGCAGCAGCAGGGGGAGCAGCAGGAGGAGCAGGAGGAGGAGCGGCAGGGGGAGGGGCGAUGCCGACAGGCCAGCCGCUGGCAGGGCUGCAUAUCCUGGUGGUGGAGGACACAGCAGUGCUGCAGAAGCUGGCAGCGUCCAUGCUUAGGAAAAUGGGAGCCCAUGUGGCUGUGGCUUCGGAUGGGCAGCAGGCUGUUGCUGCUGUGCUGAGCUCGUGGGGGGAUGACGAUGAGACUUCUGGUGCUGCUGCUGCUGCUGUUGCGGCUUGUGGUGGUUCUGGUGGUGCUGGUGGUGUGGGUGAUGCUGGUGGUGGCGGUGGUAGUGGUGCUGAGGGGGAGGAGGGGGAGCAGCUGCAGCGGCAGCAGCUGAAGAAGCUGAAGCAGGAGGCGGGGGAGGAGGUGGUUUUGGGGAAGGGUGGGAGGCAGCAGGUUGUGCAGCAGGGUCGGAGCUCUGAGGCCAUUGAGUCACAGCUCGCAGAGAGGGGAGAGGAGAGACCCAGGUCGUCCUUUUCCAACCCGUUUGACCCAGCAGGGACAGCUGUAGCAGCAUCGGCUGUUGCAGCGUCAGUUGUAGCAGCGUCAUCUGCAGCAGCGAAUUGUGGCAGUGAUGUGGUGGCUACAGCUGGGGUGGAUGGGUGCAAGGGCAGUGGGAUGGGUGGAGUAGGGGAUGCAGCAGCAGCAGCAGCAGCGGAUCCCUUCGACAUUGUGCUCAUGGACUGCCAGAUGCCAGUGAUGGAUGGGUAUACGGCCACGAGGACCAUUCGUGCCGCAGAGAGGGGCACGGGGCGCCACACUGUCAUCUGUGCACUCACUGCUCAUGCACUCGCCAGUGACGAGGCCAAGUGCAGGCAGGCAGGAAUGGAUGGGUACCUCACAAAGCCAAUCAACAUACGCUUGCUGGUGGACACUGUUCAGCGGCUGGUCAGCAACAACAGGAGGGCAGCAAGGCGAAGCUUGAGCAACCUUGGCGCGACUGCCACUGCCAGCGGCACUGCCGUGGCCAAUCAAGGCAGCUUCAGCAGCGCUUCCAGUAACAGCCCAUACACCCAGCCCUUUAGGGUCAACUGCUAG